AUGUCCGCAGCGACGACGGAUUACCCUGUGCGGCGACGAGGCGAUGCGGAGGACGACUUCGAUGAUGAGGAGCACCGUCGGCGGACAGAGUCGAGCAUCAACGCUUUCCUGGAGGAGGAAGGCGUGCCGGUGAGCAGCAGCGUCACGGUGGAGGACAUCACGUCGGCGCUUGCGGUGCUGGGCAACUCGGUAGCCACGGCAUCAGCUAGCUUUGUGGUCAAGGUUGCGCUGCUUCGGCUGGAUUGCUUGGCAGCCGUGGAGGGAGAGCUGCGCAAGGAAGCGACGCGCGCCAGCACAUCGAACGCGGGUGUCGCUGCUGACAAGUCGCCGUCGCAGCAGUCGACACGUACCAGUGCCUUUGGGUGGCUGCGUCAUCUCUACAAGGAGGAAAGGGGCAUAUGUGGCUUCUUGCGUGGCGGUAAGGCGGAGGUCGGCUUUGUGCUGGCGACCUUUGUCGAGGAGGCGCUGCUGUUUGCAGCCAUGCGCAGCCUGAUGAACCGCCUUGGUCCGCCGUUGCCCAGCCCAAACAGCGGAGCUGGUGGUGCGGCGGCGUUGUGGUGGGCCGGGCUGUCGCGGACAGUGGCACUCACGCUCGUCAUGAGUCUUCUCUCGUGGCCGCUGCGCGCAGUACGGACGACGAUUCGAGUAAACUACAUGGCGGCCACGUCCCUGCCCGUCUGCGAACCUUCCCCGCAGCCUGCACAGCAGCGGGAGGAGCAGCAGCAGCGGCGGCAACACCGAUACACGAGCGCUACCGAGGUUUGGGGAUGCAUUCUCCGCCAGAUGGGAAUUCGUAGCCUUCUCUUGAACGGACUCGACGUCGAUCUCGCCAGCCGUGCCGUGUCACUUGGGCUCGCGUGGACGGUGGUGAAGCCGGCGUCGCGGUGGAUGCAGCAAUGGGCGAUGAUAAACGCCUCGACCGCUGGUGCAGCGUCGGCACCGUUGACGCUAGUGCGUCUUGGGCAGCACCGCCUCUUUGCUUUGGGAGUGCUGCUGGCGGUUGCCGGAUCUGUCAACGCCCUGCAGCGUCCGUUUGUCGUUCUUCGACAGCGCAUGGCGUUGCUGCCUGUUCCAGAUGCGGGGAGUGUCUGCAACGGAGGCGAUGACCAGACCAAGACUCCCGCGACUGCGCGCCGCGGAUGCCGCUAUGCGAAUGGAUGGGACUGCGCCGUGCAGGUAUGGCGCCGAGAAGGCGUCGCAGGCUUGCUCGCUGGGUUACCGCUCUGCUUGAUCACGAGCUCGGUGGUGCCGCUGCUACAGACCUUCGCGGGCUACCCAACCGCCCCAUCCUUUUCAGGUGCUGUGGUGUAG